CCGAGUUUUGGCUUUUCAGAGCUCCCCGUUUCCCUCUCAAUUCUCUCUUCUCCAUUUCUCCACCACCACACAGAAGAUAGUGUACAAGGACAAUACUUGAUUGGUACUCAUGGGAAGUGCUUCUGAGUCUGUCAUCAAGGAAACAAAUGAAAACUUGCUAGCUGAGAAGAAGGUUAAAGUUGUUUUUGUCUUAGGUGGCCCAGGCAGUGGGAAAGGCACCCAGUGUGCAAAUAUUGUGAAACACUUUGGGUACACUCAUCUCAGUGCUGGUGAUCUUCUACGAGCAGAAAUUAAAUCUGGUUCUGAAAAUGGGAAUAUGAUUCAGAGCAUGAUUAAGGAGGGAAAGAUUGUUCCUUCAGAAGUAACAAUUAAGCUUCUCCAACGAGCAAUACUGGAAGACAGUAACGACAAAUUUCUUAUUGAUGGUUUUCCCCGUAAUGAGGAAAACCGUGCUGCAUUUGAGGCUGUUACUAAAAUUGAACCCGAAUUUGUCCUGUUUUUUGAUUGUUCGGAAGAAGAGAUGGAGAGGCGCAUUCUGAACCGGAAUCAGGGAAGAGAAGAUGACAACGUUGAAACAAUAAGGAAGCGAUUUAAGGUGUUUUUGGAAUCUAGUCUCCCUGUUAUUGAGUAUUAUGAGUCUAAGGGGAAGGUUCGGAAGAUUGAUGCUGCACAGUCGAUUGAAGAGGUUUUUGAGGCAGUCAAAGCUGUCUUCACCCCAACAAAUGAACAGGUUGAUGCUUAGCUAUCAAGCCUAAUAUCUGUUGAGGUGAUUAUAAUUGUUGGCUGCGUAUUCUUAUAUUUUUGAGGUACUCAUGGAUGAUUAUUUGUUAUUCUGCGAGUAGGAAGUAGUAGUUGAUGCUACGAAUGUUUGUUUACUCUAUAAUAGGAAGAAGUUCACGCUAUAAAAAGGCUACGCUGUUGUAUUCUUAUUGUAUGACUGAUUCUUAAUAAGAUAAUGGUAAUGACACUCCUUUUCCGGGUGCCUGACUGAUGGUGCUCUUA